GACCCAAACUAUUUCCUCUACUCCAGAGACGCUCCACACGAGCACCAGCUUCGCCCCUCCUGCCUUCGUUGAUUCUCUCUCUCUGAAAUCGGGGUCAAUGUCAGACAGCAACAAGUCAAUUCGGUGGGGAUAUUUACCCGAUGAGAUUCUUACCCAUAUUUUCACUUUCCUAAAUUUAAAAUCCAUAAUCAUCUGUACCUCUGUCUCAAAAGCCUGGAAAUCCCUAAUCCAAAACCAAACUUUCAUUUCCACCCAUCUCCACCACUCCCUCAACAAAAACAACCUCAUCCUCUUAAGGCUCUCACGCAAUGACAGAAUAGUCUACACAUUGCAUAAAGAAGACGAUCCUGAUUUCACUGAAUACACCAGUUUUGAUUCCCCUUUCUUUGCUCCUGCUCCACACCUUCACAAUGUCGUCGGUACUUGUAACGGCUUGCUAUGCCUUUCCGAUGGUUUACCCAAUGACGCUGACGAAUUAUUUCUCUGGAACCCUUGUGUGAGAAAGCUUCUACAAUUCCCUAUUCCCAAUGUCACCUUCAAUACACAAUGUUGGAUCCACGCGUCUAUUGGGUUUGGAUUUGACCCAAAAACUAACGAUUAUAAAGUGGUCAGGAUUCUCUCCAUAUUGGGUAGUGUUUAUAACAUUGCAAGGGGUCGACCCGUGGUCCAUGUUUACUCACUCUUCGCUGGUGAAUGGAGAAUGCUUACUGCUUCUGUUUCUCUGCCUCCUAUAUGCGCUAUAAUUAGUUCUGAGCCACCGGCAUUUGCCAAUGGGGCACUGCAUUGGAUUGCUUUCAGUAAAGAUAACAAACAGUUUGUUUUGGUGUUUGAUUUGGGGGACGAGGUCUUCCGCCAAAUUCUGCUGCCGGAACUUCCAAGUUAUAUGUGGACUCGUGUUUCCGUAUAUGGAAAUUCCAUUGCUGGGUUUCAAAGAAGGGUAGGGAGUGGUCCGAUCAAUAUAUGGGUGAUGAAAGAGUAUGGUGUUGCAUCGUCAUGGACAAAAUUUUCAUAUCAACGUCCAAGUCUGGGAAUGCUCCGACCAUGCCCAGUUGGCUUUAGGAGGAAUGGUGAGGUUGUAUUGGAAGAUAAUAGAAUUGGUGAGGCUGUAUUGCUAAAUGAUAGAAGAGUGCUCAUCUCUUGGAAUCCAGAUAGCCAAAAUGUUAAGAAUCUUGAAAUUAAUGGAUCUCAUAAGACUUUUUUUGGUUCUUAUGUCGAGAGUCUAGUUUUGCUCGACAAAGCCACCAAAGGUGUAGUUACAUACUGAGGAAAAACAGAAAAUCGAACUUAUUCGAAACAUUGAAUUAAAGACCAGAUCCUAUGCACAUGAAAGGAAGACAAAGAUUCACAAAGUUUUCUUUUGGGACUAUACAUCAGUACAGUUCCUUAGAAACAGGGGAGAGGCCCCCAACUUAGUGAAUUCAAAGGUGGGAAUUCUUGUCUUUGUUAAAAAUGACAAUGGUAACUUAAAAUUGCAUUAGAUGGUGUCUUUUAGUUGCAAGAGCAUAGGCUUUUGACCAAAUAGGGAAUUAAAGUGGGUGCAAGCAUAUGCCUAAUAAAAUCGAGACAAGGCUGUGUGCAUGUGUGUGUGCGCACAUGGCUUUAUUUUACCGUUUGUGUUAACAAUAUGAUUGAUUAAAUGGUAACAUUGUGCAAUGAAGAAAAAUCAGAUCUUAUUUUUGGUUUUAGAAAUUAUUUUAUGUGAUGCAAAUUUGAAAAGACAUGUUGAAAUUUUAAUGACUGAUACAUAUUACAUAUGGAAAGAUUUAUGAUUCUAGUGCAUUAAAUCAUAUGUUGACAUGUUGCAUGAUUAUGUAAAUCCUUCACCUGUCCUAAGCCCAAAAAAAUAUUCUUGCCAGAA